GCGCGCCCAACUCUCCGCCACACCUAGCCGCCGCGCCAGCUGCCCCAGCACCGCCAUGCCCACGCUGUGUCGCGUGCCGGGCAGUCCGGGGUUCCCCAGGCCAGCCACCUGCGGGCAGCACCACGGAAACUGAGGCCUGACAACUCACGCCACCCCGGAUCGCACAACGUUCCCUGGGACCCAAAGCAGAGGCCCGGGAUGCGGGGCGUGGCCAAAGGGGCGGAGCCUGUGGGCGUCCUGGAGACGGUGCCUAGCAACGUCAGGACCAGAGCUGCGAGGGCUUGCGGGCGGCGAGUGUGUUGGCGCCAGGGGCUUCCUGGAAGGGCCUCAUGGCGGACUCCGACGAGGAUUCUCUCAAGGUUGACCAGUCUUCCUCAGAGAACAUCCCAAAGCCAUGGGUGAUUCCAGUGCCAAAGGGGACCGUGGAGCGCAUCUUUGGGACCAGCCAGGUGUUCCACAGCGUCAGUGGUGUAAAAGAAAAGGCCAAAGGGUCAACAGUGCCCCUCAAAGUCAGGGAGUACUACCACCAAGGCCAUCUGUGCUUGGAAGAAGAGGACUGGGAGAUGGCCGUGCUAUUCUUCUCUCGUGCCCUCCACCUGGACCCCCAUCUGGUAGACUUCUAUGCCCUGCGGGCAGAGGCCUACAUCCAGCUCUGCGACUUCUCCUCGGCUGCCCAGAACCUGCGAAAGGCCCACUCAUCCCAACCAGAGAACACUAAGUACCUGAAGCGGCUCACCUUUGUGCUUUACCUGCAGGGCCAAUGUCUGUUUGAACAGUGUGCCUUCCUGGACGCCCUGACCGUCUUCUCGCAAGCUUCCGAGCUCCAGCCUGAGAAAUCCUGUUUCCGAUACCGAUGCAUGGCCUGUCUCCUGGCCCUCAAACGGCAUCAGGACUGCCUCAUACUCGCCACCAAGGAGGUGAGGCACGGCACCACCAACGCUGAUGUCUUCAUCCUCCGGGCCAGACUCUACAACUUCCUCCAGAAGCCCAGCUUCUGCUACCGGGACCUGCACAGAGCCUUGCUGCUGGAACCCGAGCACCCGCAGGCCAGGGCACUGCUCGAGAAGAUGGUGAAGCAGGCCCAGCAGGCGCGCCUGGACGCCGGCAUCCUGGCUGUGCAGGGGAAACUGCAUCACGCACUGCAGCGCAUCAACUGCGCCAUUGAGAACAACCCUCUGGAUCCCAGCCUCUUCCUCUUCCGGGGCAUCGUGUACCGCCGGCUCCAGGAGUUUGACCGGGCGGUGGAGGACUUCCUGAAGGCUCUGGACAUGCUGAAGGACGGCCAGGAGGACACCGUGCAGCAGGCGCAGCGCCAGCUGCUGCUGACCUACAACGACUUCGCCGUUCACUGCUACAUGCACGGCGCCUUCCAGGAGGGCGUGCUGCUGCUGAACAAGGCGCUCCGGGACGAGCAGCAGGAGAAGGGGCUCUACAUCAACAGAGGCGAUUGCUUCUUCCAGCUGGGCCACCUGACCUUCGCCGAGGCGGACUACAAUCAGGCGCUGGCGCUGUGCCCGCAGGACGAGGGCGCCAACAUGCGCAUGGGCCUGCUGCAGGAGAGGAUGGGCUUCUGCGAGCAGAAGCUCAGGCAGUUUCAGAAGGCGGAGAACCACUUCUCGGUGGCCAUCCAGCACAACCCCCAGAAGGCCCAGUACUACCUGUACCGGGCCAAGAGCCGCCAGAUCCUGCAGAACGUUUUCGGGGCCCGCAAGGAUGUUGCCACCGUCCUGCUUCUCAACCCCCAGCAACCGAAGCCCUAGGAGGGCCCAGUGGGACUCUGCAAGGGCAGGGUGGCACUGUGCCAUCUGCAUCAGCUCUGGGCCACACCUGCCUCUGGUCACUU